UCGCUGCUGGGUUUAUAGGCGAAAGCAAGAAAGCUCUAGAACUUUUGUUAUGUGUUCGCAGGUACAAAAAAUGUUUCUUCUUUACUUCCAACAUAUUGGAUUACGGUUUCAUUAGUUCCCUGCUUUGCUUAAUUAAAAGUGUAACCGGAAUGCCCAAGGAAAAAUAUGAUCCGCCUGAUCCGCGGAGAAUGUAUACAAUUAUGUCUUCAGAAGAAGCUGCAAAUGGAAAGAAAUCAUACUGGGCAGAGUUGGAGAUUAGUGGGAGAGUUAGAAGUUUGAGUUCAUCCUUGUGGUCACUAACACACUUGACUGCCUUGCAUCUUGGUGACAAUUCCCUUUCACGUAUUCCUCCUGAUAUCGCCAAACUGCAUAACCUGGUUUACUUGGACCUAUCUUGUAACAAAAUACGGAGUUUACCAUCAGAGCUUGGAAAUAUCGUCUCACUCAGGGAGCUGCUGUUGAACAAUAACCUGUUACGGGUUCUACCAUUUGAGCUUGGAAAAUUGUUUCAAUUACAGACCCUGGGUUUGAAAGGCAACCCUCUGGCACAAGAAAUCCUUAGCCUCCAUCAGGAACCAGAUGGGACACGCAGGCUGCUGAACUACCUACUUGAUAAUUUGUCAGGUACUUCGAAAAGAAUUCAGCCAGACCAGCCGCCACCUCGAUCAUGGAUUGUCUUACAAGAACCAGAGCGGACACGCCCCUCAGCUUUAUUCUCAGUCAUGUGCUACAACGUACUAUGUGACAAAUAUGCCACAAAACAACUGUAUGGAUACUGUCCAUCGUGGGCGUUGAACUGGGAAUAUAGGAAAAAAUCUAUUAUGCAAGAGAUUUUGAAUUGCAAUGCAGAUAUCAUCAGUCUUCAGGAAGUUGAGACUGAACAGUACUUCGCCUUUUUCCUGGUUGAGCUUAAAGUGCACGGCUAUGAUGGUUUCUUUAGUCCUAAAUCUAGAGCUAGGACAAUGUCAGAAUCCGAUCGAAAGCAUGUAGAUGGUUGUGCAAUAUUCUAUAAAACUGAAAAAUUUAGUCUGAUUCAGAACCAUACAGUCGAAUUCAACCAGCUGGCCAUGGCAAACUCUGAUGGCUCAGAAGCUAUGUUGAACAGAGUUAUGACAAAAGACAAUAUUGGUGUUGCUGUACUCUUGGAAUUGCAGAAGGAUUCUUUUGAGCUAUCCCCUGGGAAGUCGUUUCAUGGAAUGGAAAAACAGCUCAUUCUUGUUGCAAAUGCACAUAUGCAUUGGGAUCCUGAGUAUUCUGAUGUAAAGCUGAUACAAACCAUGAUGUUCCUAUCUGAAGUGAAAAAUAUAAUUGAAAAGGUUUCUCGAACACUCAGACCAGGUGCCGUCUCAGGAGAUCAUAAUGUCAUUCCACUUGUACUUUGUGCAGAUCUCAAUUCACUGCCAGAUUCGGGUGUUGUGGAGUACUUGACCACUGGAGGAGUUGAUACAAACCAUAAGGAUUUCAAGGAGCUAAGAUAUAGUGACUGUCUAAUGAAAUUCAGUAAUAUUGGAAAAAAUGGGACUCCAACUGCAAGGAUCACUCAUGGCUUUAACCUGAAGAGUGCCUAUGAGAAUGGUCUGAUGCCUUAUACAAACUACACCUUUGAUUUCAAAGGUAUUAUUGAUUACAUCUUCUACUCGAAGCCUCAUAUUAACAUACUGGGUGUUCUUGGACCUUUGGAUCCUAAUUGGCUGAUUGAAAACAGUAUAACUGGCUGCCCACAUCCACACAUCCCAUCAGACCAUUUCUCACUUUUUGCACAACUAGAGCUUUUACUGCCUUUUGUGUCGCCAGUAAAUGGUAUCCAUCUGCCAGGCAGAAGGUAGUUGUGUGUGUACUCUGGAGGGAAGCCUCUUAAUCUUGUAAAAUUGUAAAAUCAAAGUACUGAGGAGUGAAGUAUGGCCAAUAGGAUUGUUGUCAAAAUUAUGUUCUUAAUCAGUUUUAAAUUUGUUUCUUGGAUAGCUUGUCUAAAUAAUAAACAAUAGUAGUCUGGUGCUAUUUACAGAUAAAUGAAAUUGAGCCCUAUUUCCUAUUUUGUAUGCUAUAGACAUGCUGAAAAUGGGUUUCUUCACAAAACCUGUUCUGCUUUAUGCUUCUGCAUUUUUUUAGUGGAAAAUUAAGCAAAGUCUCAGUCUCUACGCAAGAUUAAACAGAUGAUUCCUUUUAGAGUCAGAGUGGUGGUUGGGAUGGUGUGAUGGUUAGGGGAGGAGGUGAAAUUCACUGUUUAUUGUAUAGAAAUGUUCACAGAACAGGAACUCAUUUCAAACUUCAACAGUGCACUUUGCAAUACAAUUAAUUAUACAUUUCAAGUUAAGGUGGCAAUGUAUGGUUUUCUCUAACACGAAGGGAAGUCUUUAAGUAGCUGGAGUGUAUUGGAAUGCGGUAUGAAUGAAAAUCUGAGGGAAUUAUAAUUGGACCAAGAACAUUUAAAAGUAUUUUCAAUAAUUGGCAUAUCAAAGAUGAAUCAAUAUACUCCAUAUUCUUCCUGAAUACAUUUUAAAUUUAGGCAGUGCAUUAGAUGGGUUUUAAAAUAUUGGCAAUUUCCCAUCCCACUUCUUUGUUAAGAAAUACAGUUCUGCCUUUUUCCAGUAGUCUUCAAUUCUUCCUUUCAAUAGAAAUGAGAAUACUUCAAGCCAAAGUUAAACAAAUACUAGGUUUCCAAGAAGCAUCCUUGAAAGCAUUAUCAAAGUUUGGCAGUUCUGUGUAGUCUUACCCUACCUUUCUGCAUGUCCAUUGAAAGCAAAAUAUACAAGUGCAAAUGAAUUGUGAGGUUUUUUAAAAAUUGCCUACUUGACAAAAAUAAUUUGCUAAAGUGGAACCAACUGUGUAUUGUUGCACAAAAAAAUCUGUAUAGCACUACUUUUCAGGCCAGUAGUAGCCAUUGAGGACCUUUAUUUCCAUACUUCACUCCACACUUUUGAGAAGUGUUUGUAUAAAUUUGAAUUUGAAGUUAGCCUUUAAUGAUUGUAUAUGAACCAUAGAAGACCUGAUUUAAGGUGUUUUGUACUAAAAAGAUUUAAAACAGAUUUGGAAAAAAAUGAUUGUAUUGUAAACUAAGGCUAAAUUUUUAUCUGUUUCAUGCUUUAAAAACAUUUGUAAAAAAAAAGAAGUUGCAACAGGUUUCCUCUGCUAUUAUUUGCACUGUUCUGGGUUUGUAACUCAUGUACUACUUUUACAGUUGAGGACACAGUUAAUUUAAAUUCAAGAAUUUCACUCCUCAGGAUUUGGUAUCAGCAUUUGAACCUUAUGAUCUUUGAACUACCCAACUUCCUCUAAUUUUUUUUACAUGAUGUGCCUCAUCAACUUUUUUAUUUUUUGAGGGGAUUUUUGGAACCAGCACUGCCUGUGCACGCGGAGAAAUCCUGAGCAUCUUCUUUGAGAUUUUUUUAAAAAAAUAAAAACUGUUAAAGAUUUGUGAGAUUUUAUGAAGACACUUUUGUAUAAGCUCUGUGGCAUUUUUUUCUUGUGGAGCAAUGAACACCACACAUGUUGAUCAGGUUGGGUACAGAGUAACUUUAACCCUUUGUAUCCUAGCACUGCUUCUGUCUCUUUGCACAGUGCUACUUUUCACCAAGGAAAGCUGCAUCAUUUGAGACCAUACACAGUCAAUGCUGUGUGCUUUGAUCUUAUAAAGAAGUAGCAUUCCUUGGUAGGAAUUUUAAUGUUCUGAAGCAGUGUAAACUUAGAACUGAGCUAUGUUUUCUGCGCAGGUCUUCCAGACAAAGUUUCAAAUCCAUUAAUUUUUAAAUGGUCAUGUUUUGUGUUUUUCAGCUGGACCAGAGCUAUAUCUCUCCUCUUUGUUCAUUGUGCCAUUGGUAGCAUAUUCUUAAAGCCAAGUGUGCAAGCUUUAGUAGGUUAGCUUUUGCUCUGCUUUUGUUUAAGGUGCUAAGGGGGAGCCUUUGGAAUUAGCUUGUACUAUAUUAUGCAUUGAAUGAGCCAGAGGUAUAGUUUGAUCUAGCUCUUUAGUUUCGACUGCAGGCAGGGAGACAAAAGAACACAACAUGACACUCAAAAAAAUUGGACCAGUCUUCAUUCCGGUUUACAGUUACUGUGGAAUGCAGCUAAGUUGAUUGCGACAAAUUUUAAUUACUUUAAAACAUUUAAUUAAAGACAAAGCACUUAAAUAAUAAUUGGUGCAGACAAAACCAGGAUGCAAUGAGAAUUUGAGGUUUAACUUGCUAAGUUGAAAAUAUAAUAAAUACCCAUAAUAGAUUUAUCUUGAACCCUUGUCUGGGACCUGCAGUCAUUUUUGUUUGUACUAUUAGCAAACAUGUCCGAUUUAUAAUCAGUAAACUAAUUAUUGGUAGUAUUGUUUGUAGUAGAUUUAAUGAGUAGCUUUUUGUAAAGUGUGAAUAAAAGGUGUUUGCUCAUGUUUUCCUUGCUUUACCAUUUUAUUAAUGUACAUCAUGAAACCCCAAUCUAAAGUAAAUUAGGCAAAAAGUGACCUAUCAGUAUUGAUCUCAUUGUUUCAGCUUUGUGGUCACUUGGGAUUGGUAUAUAUAGUACACAAUUAUAAGGGGAUAUUACUUCACAGACCAAAUCCAAAUGCUAUUGUAUUCUUCAUUUCUGUGAUUAAAAUGUGUAUUAUUUAAUUGCUGUACUGAAAUUAAAUUUUGUCUUUGGUAGGAUAUUUGUAGGAAUUUUUACAUGCAGUAAUUUUUGCAUAAUCCUACAAAGGUAGAAAUAUUUGAUUUUUACAUAAUGCAAAAAAAGUGUACAUUUUAUGUAAGAUUAAGAUGCCCCCUUUUUACAUCUCUUCAGGAAAUCAAUAAACCUGUUUUAUUUUCUGUGUACAUGCACUCCCCCGUACAUAGUCUAUUCCAAUGAGUCCUUGAUGGUAUCUUGUAGGCUACAUGAAUCUGAACCCUCUCCACAUUUCACUAGUGAUUACAACUCAGGAUAGAAGGACAUUUUCAGUUCUGUGCUAAACCUAUUUCUACAGAUUUCAUUUUAUAAUGCACUGCAGCCACUCUCUUGUUUACCAUUCUUCAUGGGUGCACUGAUCAAACCAGCAAUGACAUCUGCACUAAGUAAUUUUUUAAAAAAUUACGGCUACCUAGGCAGCUCUAAAGUUAAAUUUGGGAUGGUAAACGAGAGCUUUUUAAAUGUUAUGUGAACUUUUUGGCUUGAAUAGCAGUUGAUAGCACGAUGUAUUUCCCAUAAACAGGGUCUGCUUGUUCCCGUGCACAGGUGUAUUUUUCCUACUCACAGCUUGGACAAUAAAUUGUAUAUCUAUUUCGA